CAACAUAUUCGGAUUAUCUGAUGCAUUACAAUUAGCCAUAUCGAAUCCAACUUUACAGGUAGCGCGAGUGGCAGAGGCGUUGUGACAACGCAUGGCACGCGACGCAACAAUCAGAACACUCCCAUUAUAAUCCACGACAUCGUCGCGCGUUUGUACGCCGUUCGCUUAUUAUAUUGGGAACGUUGUCGUAUUGUCGCUUCGAGCGGAUCGCUUGCCUUGUAAAUGGGGCGUUACAGCUCGUUGGCUCAUGUGUGGUUAGCAUUAGCCUGUUAGCUCACACAAGAAGCGUUUUAACGAUAACUCUUGGAGUUACAAUACAACCCGCGAUGUGUGAUCGUCUGUUUUAAACUGUUAUUGCUUUCUUGCGAUCCAUUGGGAUGGAUUAUGUUGUUUUUGGAAUGGUUUAGAGAGGAAACGAAUGCUAGCUAGCUGUUAAUAAAGCUGUUAGGUGUAAGUAUUGGCGGAAACGUUCUUUAAAUAGAGCAGAUCACAGACAAUAGUCAAAUGAAAGCGUUUUAUCACGUAACCAUCAUGCAGUGGUUUGGUGUAUCUUUCCUGCAGUAAAGUAUUAUAUUGUCAAAUGUGAUAGGAAUGCCACUCUACAACAAUUCAAAUGUCAAGACUGAAAGCGUUGACGUUUGACACAUUGAGGUGUAAUGAUCAGAUGAUGAAUUGAACGUAUGUCACUUGAAACGAAUAGAAACCAAACUCUUAAAAAGUCUGGGCCUCAUAUAUCAUAACUGUUUUCUCUGAAUGGUCUUUAGAAGUCACACAGGAAGUAGUUGAUCUAAAAUGGGAGACGAUCGACCUUUUGUCUGCACUGCCCCGGGCUGCGGACAGAGGUUCACCAAUGAGGAUCAUUUGGCAGUGCAUAAACAUAAGCAUGAGAUGACACUGAAGUUUGGACAAACCAGAACAGAUACGGUUAUCAUAGCAGAUCAGACGCCCACUCCAACACGGUUUCUUAAGAAUUGUGAGGAAGUGGGUUUAUUUAGUGAACUGGCUGGUUCCUUUCAACAAGAUCUUUGCAAAACGCACGAUGAUGAGGAGAGGAGGAUUAAAACCACGCAUCCAACUCUUCAGACGCCUACAGAGAAUAAGGACAGAGGAGCACCUCUUGAGAUCGACUCCUCUCCCCCUGACAGUCCUGACUCCGCCUCCAGCAUGACAAACAGCAAAGAUGCUGUUGCCAUGGCCAAGGAACCUGUUGCUAUGAGGAAGGGCGUGGAUGUUCCUCCAAGGACUGCAGCUAGUUCCACCCCUACACCAACCAUAGUGCGCCCAGGCUCGCUUCCACUUCACCAGGGAUUUGAUUCCAUGAAUCCAACCCAACCCUCCCCCACUUCGGUUAUUACUAGGACCCCUCCAUCAAACAGACUUGGCUCGCCGUCUGGCUCUUUUCCCAUGCUGAUGCAGCUUCCAAAUGGUCAGACUGUUCCCCUCCUGCCUAGUCCAGGGCAGACUUCAGUCAUAUCGCAUGCCAGAUCAAACGCAGUGCCCAAUAUCCCAGGGAUUCCAGGGCCUCCUAUUGGUGGAAGCAGCAGUGGCUCCUCCUCUCCGUCUGGAUACAGUACACAUUCUGAUGCCAAGACGAGGCUAAAGGCAGCAUUAUCUCAACAGAGUCCUAGUGGAUUAGGACCAAUACAGAAAACAGAACACAAUGAGGCGCCAUCACCCGCUCAACAGGUAUCCCCUGCUCCACCAAAAGGUGGACGCAGACGUCGGGGGGCAGAUAUAGAGCCGGAUGAACGCAGACGGCGUUUUCUUGAACGGAAUCGAGCUGCUGCCUCUCGUUGUCGACAGAAACGAAAAGUGUGGGUCAGUGCGCUAGAGAAACGCGCUGAGGAGUUGGCAACGUCUAACAGCACGCUUACCAAUGAAGUGUCCUUGUUGAGGAACGAGGUUACACGUCUAAAAGAACUGCUGUUGGCCCAUAAGGACUGUCCUGUCACUGCCAUGCAGAAGAAAGCUUAUCUUGCUGCAGGAGUGGAUGAAAAUGCAGCAUCGGCGCUCGUGAUGCCUGUUUCGGUACCGGCUCCGGUGUCCGUUAACGGUCUGAGCAUGCGUGCAGCCGAGGCCGUCGCAGUUUUAGCGGGAAUGGGUUCUGGCCAAUGGAGCAACGCCGGCGGAGACGCUUCCUCCCAAUCACAGCCGACAUCCAGAUGAUGAGCACGUCAUUCAGCCAAUAGGAACUUAAGAUACUGUGUCAAUGAGUCCUUCAAAUGAGUGAAUUUCCCCAUCAAAACUUGCAGUGAAUUUGUGAAUGCCUCUCAUGUGACAAAUGGGAACCAACGUUGCCACGCUCUUACUACACCCCCCUGCUCACCCACAGCCUAUCAUAGACUCUCCCUGGACCCUUUAGAUCUCCGACGGCACAACACUAGGAGGAAAUGAAGUCUCUUUAAAUACACAUUUAGAUAUACUUGUAUAGAUCCUCUCACUAAUGCAUUCAGUUGAUAUUUUGCAAAUAUUUUUCAUUUUGCAUCUUACUCGAUUGUUUUUCUAAAACAAUGAUUCAUUGCAUGAUUCUGGCCUCAUAAGAAAAAUUACUACACUAUGCAGAUACGUUUUAUUUUUCACACUCUCCGGCUAUCGUGAUCUCACACAUAUUCGCUCUCUCCGGUCCCUCUCUGUCUUUGUAUAUUUUAUUGUUGUAAAGUAAUUUCUCUCAGGUCCGUGCUUCUGUGGCUGUUCCAGUGAAUUUUUUCUCACUUUAGCGUAACCUGGCUGGCACCACACAAUGGACUUGCGAACGCUUAUGAAUGGAGAGAAAAUAAGAGCAAUAUAUUUUUAUAUUUAAAUAUCGUUAUCGGUUUGUCUGCAUUUUGCAGUCUAUAUAAUAUGGAUGUAUCGGGUAGCGUAACCACGUGGAUGUGUUAUAGGUCAGUAUGAUUAUGAUAUGCUUUGCUGAGUUCUAGUUGUAUCGAACCAAAAUACAGAAAUCCUUUUACAUUAGAGGUUAGACCCCAAAGUUUAAUUGUAUCUGGUCUCGUAGCAGGGAACGCGCACACAAACACCCUCACGCGUAAUUACUCUCGUGCUUGCAUUUUGUGAAUGUACAGUAGUUAACUAACCCGGCUAUGAAUGUGAAGCGUUGUACAAAUAAAAUAUAUUUCUUUUGUCAGGUCUGAAAACAUCAGGUUUGGUAUCCCUGAGUGAAUUUCAUCUCAUGCACAUACCUGACACAAUAUUUAUUAAAUUGUAUGUUAUUAAAACAGCGGUCCUGUUUUGUUGCUGGAACACCUGAUCAAAUAGUAAACCCUACCUAUUUUAUACUGAACUCAUCAAAUUGACUGUUUUUCAUCUUAACUUUUAUAUUUGAUUUUGAACGCAUUUUAUUCCUCUUAUGUGUUUUGAUGAAAUGGUCUGUUUGAUUUGAUUUGUUUAUACAGCCUAUCAUAUCAGUAUCUGUCAUUAACCUGCCCUGCUUCUGAAUUUAUCAUAUUUGGAUGUAGACGUACUGCUUUAUAGAGUGUGUGUAUAACUCACUGAUCCUGUACUGUCAGUCAAGCCCUUAAACUAAAGCUGUAAAUAUAAAAUGAGUGUCAGCAUACAACAAUUGCUUAUUGUAUGAUUUACUGAAAUGGUCCUUAAGAUAUAAUUAAACAUUGAUGGAACUCUAGUCUCAGAUGGAUUGUGCUGGUUUGUGCAAUUAUUACCAUGUCAUAGAGGUGAUAUUCUUAAUGAAGAUUGUAUAGUAGUUUAAGUUGGUAGGUAAACAAAUUAUGCAAAAUCCACAAGGUGUUUGGACAUAAAUGUAUGUUAGGAGUCUAAACACAACAAUCCUAC